CACAGUAACUGGAGCUUGGGGGCGGAGAGGUUCUGUGUCUGUCCUCCUGGAGAUUGUAAUCACGGCUGCUUAUUUUAACACCCUUUUCCAGAAGUUUCCUCGCAGUGCAGGACAGACUUCAACCCGUGAAGGUCGACGCAUAAGAGGAAACGACAGACUCCUGGAAGGCGCUGACGUGGCAGCUGUGUAAGUAUCCUCACUUGAAGUCAGCUCAGGAGGUUCUCUGGAUGGAGCACAGCAACCCUGUAAUUACACGACUAUGGAUAUUUCAAAUUGAGCUCUGCUCAGCUCAGGCAUUGGGAAACGCAAUCACAGUUUGAGAACCAUGUGGGUGAAAGUCCUUGUGGGCCUGUGCCUGUUGGCCAGCGUCAGAGCAGACAAGAAGCUCAGCAACCAUGCCACCAUCCUGGCAGACAACAGCGCCAACAUGGCCUUCAACCUGUACCACAACAUGGCCAAGGAGAAAGACGUGGAAAAUAUCUUGAUUUCUCCUGUAGUGGUGGCUUCCUCACUGGGCCUGGUGGCUCUUGGUGGAAAGGACUCCACUGCCUCGCAGGUGAAGACAGUCCUCAGUGGAAAUAAAGUGAAGGAUGAGAAUCUCCACUCGGGCCUGGCUGAGCUUCUGAACGAAGUUAGUGACCCGAAACAGCGUAAUGUCACCUGGAAGAUUCACAACCGGCUGUAUGGCCCCAGCUCAGUCAGCUUUUCUGAGGACUUUGUGAAGAACAGCAAGAAGCACUACAACUACGAGCAUGCCAAGAUCAACUUCCGUGAUAAGAAGAGCGCUGUCAAAGCCAUCAACGAAUGGGCUUCCAAGUCUACUGGUGGCAAACUGCCUGAGGUCACCAAAGAUGUUGAGAAGACAGAUGGUGCCAUGAUUAUCAAUGCCAUGUUUUACAAACCUCAUUGGAAUGAACAAUUCCAUCACCAGAUGGUUGACAACCGUGGCUUCCUCGUUCAUCGUUCAUACACAGUAUCAGUACCCAUGAUGCACCGCACAGGUAUCUACGGCUUUUAUGAUGACACCGCCAACAGCUUCUUCAUCCUGGAGAUGCCGCUGGCUCAUAAGAAAUCAUCUGUAAUCCUCAUCAUGCCCUACCAUGUGGAGUCUCUGGAGAGGCUGGAGAAAAUGUUGACACGUAAACAGCUGGACAUCUGGCAGUCUAAGAUGGAGCAGAAAGCUGUGGCUGUCUCUUUACCAAAGGUCAGCAUGGAGGUCAGCCACAAUCUGCAAAAAUAUCUCGGAGGGCUUGGUGUCACUGAGGCUGUGGAUAAAACCAAGGCUGAUUUAUCCAACAUUUCAGGAAAGAAAGACCUUUACCUGGCCAAUGUCUUCCAUGCCUCGGCCUUUGAGUGGGACACCACUGGCAACCCUCAAGACACCAGCAUCUUCGGCACGGACAAGGUGAAGAACCCCAGACUGUUCUAUGCUGACCAUCCGUUCGUCUUCCUGGUGAAAGAUAAGAACACCAGCUCCAUCCUCUUCAUCGGCAGGCUGGUCCGACCCAAAGGUGACAAGAUGAGAGACGAAUUAUAGCUGACUUCAGUGCAAGUUUGAAUUGAAUUAUAUGGAUAGCAUGUGCGCAUAGAGAGAGGGAGGAAAAAGAGAGAGCGUGUGUGGCAUUAACUGAACCAGCAGAGGACUGUUACCUCAAGAGGACAUUCCAGAAAAUCUGUGGACCACCCCCCAUGUGUUUGGGGCAUGUUCUGUCCCAAACACACACACCGUGUUAGACACAAAGCAAUGUGUACUCAGACAAAACAAUUUGAAAGUGUGCAUUAAAGUGGUUUUUUUUAAUGUUUAAA